AUGACCACACCCAGGCCUGCGGGGCAGACACAGCGCACCGAGGCCAAGAAAGUGUCCCCUUUGGUUUCCGUGGUAUCGGGUGCGGUCGCAGGCGCUUCUGAAGCCGCUAUCACAGGCACCGCUCUCAAAGCCGGGGUGCGCUUCAUGUCGUUUGAUAGCAUCAAAAACCAUCUAUCCGACCCGUCAGGUCAUCUCACUGCCACACAGUCCCUCUUUGCUGGCAUGGUAGCCGGGGCUCUGGAGAGCGUCGCGGCCGUGACGCCGACUGAGAGGAUUAAGACUGCAAUGAUCGAUGAUGCCCGGGGUGCAAAGAGAUACCGCUCCAGCGCGCAUGCCGCCGGGAUACUGGUCAAGGAGCAGGGAAUCACGACGCUGUACAAAGGACUGUCGUCGACAACGUUGAAACAAUGUACAACGUCGGCCGUCCGCAUGGGUUCCUACAACAUGCUGAAGCAGAUGUGGCAGAAGAGCGGGAUGCCACAAAACAGCAUAACAACCUUCGCUCUGGGUGCGAUUGCAGGCACUAUCACGGUGUAUGCGACCCAGCCGUUUGAUACCAUCAAGAGCAGGACACAGAGCGCCAAGGGCGCUACCACCUUGGAGGCCGCCACGAUUAAGCCCCAGCUAAAAGGUCCUUGUUCACGUUGUGCUGCCAAGAGCGGACAGAAGCGGCGGAUGCUGUUGCCGGAAAGGGCGGGACAGGUCCCGGAGACGAAUCAAGGGUUGGCGCCCGAGGGGCAGGAUGGUGCCAAUGUGGGUUGGGUGACGGCCGGUAGGGGGCGGAGGGUUUCUCGGUCCCACGGGCGCGGGGCGGAAGUUAGACGGGGGACAAACGGGUUACUCUGUGUACAGCCCCACCAGGGCCCAAAGCAGGUCGAGGCUGUACCAGCUACGGGGCUCUAUGACGAUGCAAAGGGUGAGCACUUCGCAGAUUGUUUGCACAGUGGUGAUGCCCGUAUACUCAUUCGUCUCGGUUUGGGCGCCCGUCAUGCCUUCCGGGCAAGCACUGUAUGCGAUGUUCGUGAACAUGGUGGCUCCGGUGGUGGUCCAAUGAUUCUGAUUGCACGGGUCAUCAUGGUUCCCAUUCCUGGGACGUCCUAG